AUGCCGCCAAAGAAGGGAGCAGACCAGCCGAAGAAGAAGAAGGCGACGGUGGAUGACAAGACCUUUGGUAUGAAAAAUAAAAAAGGAGGAGCCGCCAAAAAACAGAUUGCACAACUAGAAGCCCAAACCAAGGGUAGCAAAAACGCCGACGAAAAGAAAAGAGAAGCAGAAAAGGCCAAGCGCGAAGCUGAAAAAGCCGCGGCCGAGCAGGCCAAGCGAGAGGCUGCCGAACUGUUCAAGCCCGUACAGGUGCAAAAAGUGCCGUUUGGCGUCGAUCCCAAGACCAUUGUCUGUCAGUUUUUCAAAAAGGGCCAUUGUGAAAAGGGGCGGAAAUGCAAGUUCAGCCACGAUCUCAGCAUCGAGCGCAAGGCCGCUAAGAGGGACUUGUACUCGGACACGAGAGAUACAGAGGGGACUGAGACCAAGGACAAGGACACGAUGGAUCAGUGGGACGAGGAGAAACUCCGAGACGUCGUCAUGAGCAAGCAUGGCAACCCGCGGACGACAACGGACAAGGUUUGCAAGUUCUUUAUCGAGGCUGUCGAGAACCAGAAAUAUGGCUGGUUCUGGACAUGUCCGAACGGCGGUGAUAAAUGCAUGUAUCGCCACGCGCUACCACCUGGGUUUAUUCUCAAGACCAAAGAGCAGCGCGCUGCAGAAAAGGCCCUCAUGGACAAAUCGCCUCUCAACACUCUGACGCUGGAAGACUUCCUCGAGUCCGAGCGGCACAAACUCACCGGCACAUUGACGCCUGUCACGCCCGACUCGUUUGCCGAAUGGAAGAAGAAGCGCCUCGACAAAAAGGCGGCCGAAGAAGAGGCCCGCAAGGCCAAGGAACACACUGGUCGUAUGCUCUUCGAGUCAGGCAAUUGGCGUGGCUCUGAAGAAGGUGACGAGGAAGAGUCCGAAGAGGAAGACGGCCAGGGUGUAUGGAACCUGGAAGCCCUGCGCAAAGAGACUGAGCGCUUGCGCCAGCUGAAAGAGGAAGAUCGAUUAGCCAAACUGCAUGGCGAGCCGGUCAGCGAAGUGCUGGCUAACGGAGAUGGUUGA